UUUUUCCUUCGCUAUUAGUAAUCAUUUCUGGAAUUCCCGGUUCUCCCACCGCACACUGCACCAAGCAGACAUCUCCCAAGGUUCUACCACUGCACAGUUCACCAAGCAGACAUCUCCCAAGGCUCUCCCACCGCACAGUCACCAAGCAGACAUCUCCCAAGGCUCGCCCACCGCACAGUUCACCAAGCAGAUAUCUCCCAAGGCUCGCCCACCGCACACUGCACCAGGCAGACAUCUCCCAAGGUUCUCCCACCGCACACUGCACCAAGCAGACAUCUCCCAAGGAUCUCCCACCGCACACUGCACCAAGCAGACAUCUCCCAAGGCUCUCCCACCGCACAGUCACCAAGCAGACAUCUCCCAAGGCUCGCCCACAGCACAGUUCACCAAGCAGACAUCUCCCAAGGCUCGCCCACCGCACAGUCACCAAGCAGACAUCUCCCAAGGCUCGCCCACAGCACAGUUCACCAAGCAGACAUCUCCCAAGGCUCUCCCACCGCACAGUCACCAAGCAGACAUCUCCCAAGGCUCGCCCACAGCACAGUUCACCAAGCAGACAUCUCCCAAGGCUCUCCCACCGCACAGUCACCAAGCAGACAUCUCCCAAGGCUCUCCCACCGCACAGUCACCAAGCAGACAUCUCCCAAGGCUCGCCCACAGCACAGUCACCAAGCAGACAUCUCCCAAGGCUCGCCCACCGCACAGUCACCAAGCAGACAUCUCCCAAGGCUCUCCCACCGCACACUGCACCAAGCAGACAUCUCCCAAGGCUCUCCCACCGCACACUGCACCAGGCAGACAUCUCCACAGGCUCGCCCACCGUACAGUCACCAAGCAGACAUCUCCCAAGGCUCUCCCACCGCACACUGCACCAAGCAGACAUCUCCCAAGGAUCUCCCACCGCACACUGCACCAAGCAGACAUCUCCCAAGGAUCUCCCACCGCACACUGCACCAAGCAGACAUCUCCCAAGGAUCGCCCACCGCACAGUCACCAAGCAGACAUCUCCCAAGGCUCGCCCACAGCACAGUUCACCAAGCAGACAUCUCCCAAGGCUCUCCCACCGCACAGUCACCAAGCAGACAUCUCCCAAGGCUCGCCCACAGCACAGUUCACCAAGCAGACAUCUCCCAAGGCUCUCCCACCGCACAGUCACCAAGCAGACAUCUCCCAAGGCUCUCCCACCGCACAGUCACCAAGCAGACAUCUCCCAAGGCUCGCCCACAGCACAGUCACCAAGCAGACAUCUCCCAAGGCUCGCCCACCGCACAGUCACCAAGCAGACAUCUCCCAAGGCUCUCCCACCGCACACUGCACCAAGCAGACAUCUCCCAAGGCUCUCCCACCGCACACUGCACCAGGCAGACAUCUCCACAGGCUCGCCCACCGUACAGUCACCAAGCAGACAUCUCCCAAGGCUCUCCCACCGCACACUGCACCAAGCAGACAUCUCCCAAGGAUCUCCCACCGCACACUGCACCAAGCAGACAUCUCCCAAGGCUCUCCCACCGCACACUGCACCAAGCAGACAUCUCCCACGGCUCGCCCACAGCACAGUUACCAAGCAGACAUCUCCCAAGGCUCUCCCACCGCACACUGCACCAAGCAGACAUCUCCCACGGCUCGCCCACCGCACAGUUCACCAAGCAGACAUCUCCCAAGGCUCGCCCACCGCACACUGCACCAAGCAGACAUCUCCCAAGGCUCGCCCACCGCACACUGCACCAAGCAGACAUCUCCCAAGGCUCUCCCACCGCACACUGCACCAGGCAGACAUCUCCACAGGCUCGCCCACAGCACAGUCACCAAGCAGACAUCUCCCAAGGCUCGGCCACAGCACAGUCACCAAGCAGACAUCUCCCAAG